GUUCCCUUUCCCAUAACAAGCAACCCUCAAAUUAAGUCUUAGCUGAAAUUUCAUUCUCAAAUUAAAAGCUACCUUUAUUAAUAUUAUUAUUAUUAUUAUUAUUAUUAUUAUUUAUUUGUCUUUCUCUUCCUUUGAUCACUCUCUUCUCUUCUUUUCUUCAAUCUUCUCCUCUUCUCUUCUUUUUUUCUCUUCUUUUUUUCCAUGGCUAAUGAAGAUAAAGAUCAAUUUCACUUUGACCCUUUCUAUUACAACAAUCAUGAACUCAACCAAUCAAACUUUCCCUUGUUUAGAAUGAUUACUACUUCUUCUUCAUCUCAUCAUCAUCAAGAAGGGUUUAUUGAUAACAACACUACAAGUUUCACUGAUUGUUUGUUACAUGGUAAUUCCAUGGAUUAUAACACUCUCUCUAGAGCCUUUGACUUGUCUUGUUCUUCACCUGAAGUCAUCUCAUCAUCCAUUGAUGAAAACAAGAAUCAACUACCAUCAACUGUUGUUGGUGGAGACUCAACAACACUCAAUUCCUCAGUUUCUUCUUCAUCUAAUGAAGCUGAUGCUUCACUCACUGAAGAAGACUCAUCAUCCAAAAGUACCAAGAAACAUGAGAAGCAACCAAAAGGGUGUGAAGAAGAAGAAGAAGAUGAAGAUGCAAAGUCUAAGAAAGAGAAUAAUAACAAUAAGCCAAAGAAGAAAGAGAAAAAGCCAAGAGAGCCACGCUUUGCAUUCAUGACCAAAAGUGAGAUUGAUCACCUUGAAGAUGGAUAUAGAUGGAGAAAAUAUGGACAGAAAGCAGUCAAAAAUAGUCCAUAUCCAAGGAGUUAUUAUAGAUGCACUACUCAGAAGUGCAAUGUGAAGAAGAGAGUGGAGAGGUCAUACCAAGAUCCAUCAAUUGUGAUCACAACAUAUGAAGGGCAGCACAACCACCACUGCCCGGCGACGCUCCGCGGCAGCGCCGCCAGCGUGUUUGCUUCUUCACCUUCCCUUUUUGCUUCCACAUCCCUAAUAAGGCCAACAAGUUUCCCCCAAGAUUUCCUCUCUCAAUUGCUUCCAACUUACACUACUAACAAUAGUAGCACCCAUCAACCACUAAUAAAUAAUAAUAAUCACCAUCAAAACCCUAUUUUCCAAUUAAACCUUGGCCAUAAUCCUCAUUAUCCUCCUCCUCCACCGCCACCACAAGAGCAUCAUCAUCAUCUUCAAUUCCCUCAUGACUAUGGCUUGUUGCAAGACCUACUACCUUCAUUCCCAGGCAAACAAGAACCUUAAUUUUGAAUUGCACUUCUCAAAAUGCAAUCUUGUUAGUAGGGUUUAUCACUGCAGUUAUGAUCAUGUUAUUAUUAUUAUACAUUUUUUCUGUAAUUUUUAUGUAUCUUAAUAUAUAUAGCUGCAACCGUAAUUAUGAAAUAUUAUUAUAUUUAGAAAAGAAAAAUCAUUGUACUCUUUCCAAUUUCCAUUAUAAUGUAGGUGCAAACUCAGAUACAGGCGACUUUAUGUGAAGUUGAUAGCUGAAAGCUGUUAAAUUAGUUUGACUGAUUUGAUUAAAUUUUUAUCUAACGGCUUUCAGCUAUCAACUUCACGUGAAGUCAAAUGCACAUGAGUUUCCACCUAUAAUGUAUUAUUGCAUUGUGGGGCUUUAUUUGUAGUGAAUUACACUGUUCAUAUAUAUUUAUUAAAGAGUAGAUAUAAAAGAUAUACCUAUUUA